UAACUUUUUGUCAAUGGGAGGACAUGGAUGGAUUUCUUGUAGACGCAAUUUGUGUUUGCACGGCUUGACAGACAGACUGGGAACUUCUUCUUUCUUCCCGAAAUCAUCAUCUUCUUCCUUUGCCAACCCAAUCUCCCCCUACUCCUGACGGGAUCAUGGCCUUCUUGCCCUUCAGAAUAGCAAAGCGUAUCCGUGAUCUUUUUAAGAGAGGACGAGUGCUUCUGGAUGUACACUCUAUGGUUGGGGGCAACAUCAGUCAACUUCCUGAUGAAAUUCUUGAGUGUAUACUCAAUAAAUUAAAACUUAGGGAUGCAGUCAGAGCAAGUUUGGUAUCAUCAAGAUGGAGGCAUCUUGUUUUGUCCCGGGCUAACCUUGUCUUUGAUUUGUCUAACAUUUUUGGAAUGGAAAGUUGUGAUCUCAAGGGAGCUUCAGGAAAGAAAUGUGUUUGUUCAGAAUACAGAGUUAAAUUUGUACAAGCUGUAUAUAGAUUCAUAGCUUCGUAUAGAGGCAGAUGUAUUAGCAAGUUCAUUGUUCAUUUUUGCCUGAAGAGGGACUUCGCUUCUCAUGCCAGGGAUUGGAUUAGAUUUGCUCUUGAUUUAGGUGUGAAAGUGAUCGACUUGCAGUUUUAUUGUGAACAUUGCAGUACUAAAGGGGCACUGUGUGAUACUCAGUGCGAAAUUCCUAUAAAGCAUCUUCUGUCAUCUAACUGUGAUGCAGGAGCAACUUUUUCUUUCUGUCCAUUCAGCCACGUAGAGGCCCUCAGAUUUGAUCACACUCGCUUGAAGUCUCAAUGUAUAUGGAGUUCGCUAUCAACCUUAGUAAACCUCAAGCAGUUGAAAAUGGAAUUUUGCGAAUUGCCUCCCGAUUUAAGCUUCAACUCACUCACCAGUCUAGAGCGUGUCUCGGUUUUGUUUUGCAUCGGGUUGAAAAAGAUUGAACUGGCUAGUCUUAAGAUCAAGAGUUUGAGAGUUUUGUGUCAGAGGACUGUUUCAUUGGAGCUAACUGGGGUUCCUAACUUGGAAAUACUCCAUUAUGCAAUGCCUGACAAUGGCUUGGGGUACAAGUUUUCGAAGCUGCCCGAAUAUGUUCCUCAUUUGAGAUCUUUGAGGGUGGACUCUACUUCCAACUGGCUUGAACACAUNAUUGUUCAACUUUUGAAGUUGUGCCCUCUACUCCAUCAUCUUUAUACAUCACUGAGUGCCCGAGAGGACAAGGAACCAGAGAAGCUAGGGUCCAUUGAUGAAUACCAUCAUGAAUGUCUCGAGCGGAUUACAAUCCGUUAUUUUGUGGGCACCAAGUAUCAGAUCGAGUCUUGCAAGUAUCUACUCCAACUUGCUCCUCGCUUGAAAAAGUUGGGAUUAAGGCGUGCUUUGCCCGAUACGUUGUCGUGUCUAAAAGAAGCAGGGUAUAGAAGUCAUCCAAUGAGUGAAGAAGAAUGUGAAAGCGCGGUAAAUGCGCUGAAACUAUUUUCAAUUGACGCGAAGGUGUUCUUCAUUUAAUUUGAUGAAACAUUAAUGUAGUUUUUGUUGAUCAUUUCAAUAAUUUACAGUGAAUUUU